AUGGAAAAAGAGAGCCCAAGGAAAAAGGAAUAUAUAUCAAAUGGCAAAAAUGCAAAAAGAAAGCAGGCAGAAGCAGCAGCAGAAGACGAGGAUGAGGACGAUCUCCACUGCUUCGAUGCCUCAAAGUUUGCUCGAAUACGGACCAACGCCGACUCCACCGAAACAAGAAUGCAUAUGUAUCUUUCUCUGCAGGCUUCCUGCGUCCAAGGGCAGGCAGUUGGAGGGCUCCGUAGUAUCACCCUGUACCGUGCUAGCCGGGGGAGGCUACAUAAGUACAUAGCAGCCGUCGAACGCAUUUUGCAAUCCGAUCUGUCGAUUCCUCAUGAACUGGUCGAACAGCCGGAAGAACGAGACAUGAACCAUCCAUGA